AUGAGCUUAAGCGGAAAUGAAAACUUCACCGCCGAGGAGCUCGAGACUAUCUCACAAGGUGGAAAUGGCAGUUUCAGUAUUGACGAGUUAGGCACUAUAGCAUCAUCCACGAAUGAAACCCUUAGCAGUGGGGAACACGAAGGUGUAGGCAAAAUUGCGCUAGGGAACAACAUUACAACGGAUGAAACGACCGUAAGUGGAAUUUCGACUACAAGCGAAGUGGUGAGCACUACGAAUGGAAGCGACGAUGCAAAUGAUGAGAAAUCACACGGUGAUGAGAAUGGAACGACGACGCACGUUACCGAAGCUAGCAUUACCUCAACAAGUGCUGACCAAAUUUCGACUGGCAACGAAGUCCCGGACGGAAGCAAACCCCCAAGCGAUAGAAAUCUCCCAGGUGGCAGUAAUAUCUCAGGCGAGAGCGAAACUUCAAGCGGAAACAAACGUCCGGAUGAGAGCGAAAUUCCAAGCGAAACUGAAGUCCCAACUUCAAGUACUGGCAAUAAAGUAGAGCCUAACUACAGGAGAAAAGUUUCUAAUGCUGCAGCAUCCACCAUACUCAACCGCAUCUUGGUUUUAUUAAUGGGUUUUAUUGUGUUUUUUAUGUGA